GACUUUCAGAGAAGAAUAGUGCUUUGUACUUAAUUCCAAUAGGUUAAAAUUUUCAACAGUGUAAAGCAAAUUUCAAAACUCAUUUUAUUAGAACAAUGGUUUUUUUACAAUUAUUCAUCGGUUUGGGGAUUGUUUCUGUGUUAUCAGCCAAUAAAACACAAUCUGAUAAUGAUUCGAAAAUUGGAAAUAAGAAUGCAAAUAAUUUUCAUGAAACUUUGGGAAAGUUUCAAGGAAAUAUAACAAAAAUAUCUGGAAAAACCAUAAAUGAAAAUAAUACUUUAAACAGUUUUAACAAAACAUUUGCCAAGUUUCAAGACAAUAUAACAUUAUCCGAAACAAAUUCAAAGACUCGAAUGAUGCCAAAUCAUAUUCCAAUAAAAAUAUAUGGAAAAGGGAAUCAAACAAUCGAUGUUCCUUAUCAAAAAGUAGGCGUUAUAAUAGAAACUAAUCAAAAUCGAAAAAUUCAACUUAAACCUAUACAAUCAAAAUUUAAUGGAAAGCAAAAUUUAAAUCUAACAUUUAAUAAUAAAACAUCCCCUAAGAGUUCGAAUGGAAAAAUUGGACCUGGAAACCCUAAUCAAAAACGUCCUUAUCAAACGAAAGGCUUUAACACAGGAAAAAAUGAAAAAAUUGGGACAUAUGGGAAAAUUAAAUUUAAUGGAAAGCAAAGUUUAAAUGUAACAAUAAAUAAUGAAACAUUUGCAAAUAAUUCUAAUGAAAAACUUGGGGUGAAUAAUUCCAUAAAAUUCGAUGUAAACGAUGUAUUUCAUACUGUAAUGAAAAUGUUAAAAGAUUUCCAUGAAGCUACGGGAAUGAAAGAAACUUUGAAAAUGUUAAUGGAAAAAGCUGCUGUUGCACUAGCAAAGCUUGAUGGUAUGCUGAAAUAUAUAGGAGAAACAAUUACAAGUGUUAAAGAAAAAGUGGAAAAAUUACAAGAUGAUAUUUCACCUGUAACAAAUAAAGUCCCGAAUAAGAUUAAAAAAUCGUGGGGUAGGACAAAGAGAAAUUUAGACAUCUAUUUAGAAUAAAAAAAUACUGACGGUAAAUGCAAAAGAAAAUUGGCUUUUCUUGGGAGUAUAUCGUU